CUGGGAGGCCGGCCGCCGAGGUGUUGGGGCUCGGGGUGGGGGGCUUCACCCGCAGAUGUUGAGGGUUUUCUCGGGGCUGCGUGGACUCCAGGUCGGUGGAAGGGCAAGCCCGGGGAGGCGGCCGGACCCCCAUCCAGGUGUGAGCAUGGCCGAGGGGGACACCCUCAUCUCGGUGGAUUAUGAAGUGUUUGGGAAAGUACAAGGGGUGUUUUUCCGCAAGUAUACUCAGGCCGAGAGUAAAAAGCUGGGAUUGGUAGGCUGGGUCCAGAACACUGAGCAGGGCACAGUGCAAGGACAAUUACAAGGUCCCACCUCUAAAGUGCGUCAUAUGCAGCAGUGGCUUGAGAAGAAAGGAAGUCCCAAAUCCCACAUUGAGAGAGCAGAUUUCAACAACGAGAGAGUCAUCUCAAAGUUGGAUUACUCAGAUUUCCAAAUUGUGAAAUAAUGUCCUAAAUUGACAAUUUCUAGGAGAAACACCAUGGUUUUAUUUUGUUGUUAAGAGGUAAAUAUUCUGUAUUCAGAAUUUGAAUAUGUCGGUAAGUUAUUUUAAUACCACACGUGAAUGUUAUUGUCUAUUCUGUAACGGAAGGAUUACAACUGUACACAAUUCUAAUCAAUAAAGCUACAUUCAGGACACUCUGUA